AUGUCUUCUAAAGGCUCAGGCAGACCCAAAAAAUCGAAAGCAAAGCGUUCGGGACGUAAUAAGCAUGUGACUAAGACAAAAGUUGUAGUUCGUCGAUUGCCGCCGAACCUUCCCGAAGAAUUGUUCAAGGAAAGCGUUAAGAAAUGGGCCAACGAAGAGACUACUGAUUGGUUCAGGUUUCAUAAAGGCAGAAUAAGCAAAAGCAAAAAUAAGGAAGCAAUAUUCUCACGAGCGUAUUUUCACUUUAAACUUAUGGAAGACGUGCUUGAAUUUCAUCGCAAUUAUGAUAAUCACCUGUUCGUUGAUAAUAGAGGAAACGAGACGAGAUGUGUGGUAGAGUUUGCUCCCUAUCAAAAACUACCAAAGGAACGCAAGAAACCCGAUCCACGCCAGGGAUCGAUUGAAACUGAUCCAGAUUAUCUUGCCUUUCUCGAAUUGUUAAAAGCUGAGGAAAUUAAAGAACCUUCUAAUGAUUCCGGUUUUACUCAGCUUGAGAAACUGGAAUCGCGGUUAUCUAACAUUACUACGACCGCCCCUGAGAAACCUAAAUCUACUCCAUUGCUGGAUUAUCUCCGUCUUCAGAAAUCCAAACCGUCAUCUCCAAAAAGCGGCAGACAGGCGCCGAUUGCGAUACUCGCUCCUCCAGCUGGCUCAAAGAAUUCAGCAAAAAAUAAGGCACAAGGAAGACCUAAUAAGUCAUCCGUAAAGAUUUCCAUUCAACAGCGACAGAAAGAUCGAAUACGCUCAAUUAUCCAAAAACCAGCAUCCGCGUCCAAGUCUUCUGACCCAGUGGAAACCAAUUCUAACAAGGAUACGUCGAAUUUCUCGAUAAAUACUACUAAUGUGGCUUCUGGUUCAACUUCAACGUCUAACGUCCCAGCAUCUCCCUCAAAUAAACAGAAAUCAAACUCUACUCCUACAACGCCUACAGCUCCAAUGUCUCCGACACGCGAUUAUCAUGGCUCGCAUCAUAAUCGUAGAAGAGAUAGAGAUCGUGACAAGAGACAUAGCCUGGAAGCGAGACCAGUGAUCAAGAUAUUGUCGAAGUCUAGCAAUACAAAUAAGGAGGGAACUAACUCGUCUACAGCUGCGACCAAUGUUCCAACUGGUUCUAGCAAUUCUACAGCUUCUAACACUGGAGAUGCAGCUAAAACAACGUCAAAUACACCUUCUCAGCCAGAAACUAGUGUACAACCAGCACACCACUCUUCUGGUAAUGGACAACGUAGGGGUUAUUAUGCUAGAAGAGGGAGAUGGUAA